AUGACCAGCCAGCCGGUUUCUUUCCCAUCUCCCCAAACUGCACAAUUCAACAAAGUCCCUGAUGUGCCAUCUGUAAAAGUGAUGAAGGAUAUGGACAAAAGACUGCAGACUAUGUGCAGAAUAAGGACAGUACCAUAUGAUGGAGCGCUUGGUGAUAAAUACUAUGUCAACCCAAUGGCAGAUAUCAUCGCACAGGAAAUGGCAAACCCUUGUGUAAGAGAACAUCUUCGGUUUUACCCUGAAGAUGCAGGAAAACAGGUCAUUGAGUACUGGCAAGCUUCGGACUGGCAUCGUGAAACAGAACCACUCAAGCUUAUACCUAUGGCAAAUAUAGGCAGCCAGCACUUCUUCAUACACAAACCUUGCUUCCUGGCUGAUGGACAUGCCUGUGUGCCUUUUGGAUGGUUCACUUGUGAACAUAAGUUAUUUGCUAGGGCCUGGCUGCUACAACCAGUUGUGGGUGAAGUGAGCAGCGGCUGGGUUGUUGAAGAAUAUAAUGAGAUUGAUGUGUCAGAGGAUAUGUUUCUUGUAUCAUUUGGAUUGUGGACAUCAAGUUAUUCCACACAAAGUUUACCAAAUCCAACCAACAUUCUUGGUACACUAUCUACUGUUGAUGGUCCCAUACAGCCAUGGACACAUACUGAUGCACAACAGGGUAACCAGUGGAGGGCUCUUGCAAAAGGCCAUCAUGUAUACUGCUUCCACAUAUGGUUUUAUUGCAAUGACACUUUGGGGAAUACCUCAAAGAAGUGGAACAAGCACAAUUCUCUCUUAUUCACGCCAGCUGGCCUUCCACACACGCACGUCCACCAAGAACUCAAUGUUCAUUUUCUCUGCACUUUGAAUCUGGCCCCACUAUUGGAGAUGUUAGAUGGAAUUGUUGAUCAGCUAGAGUAG